AUGAGCGCGAAGCUUGCGGAAGACUUCGCGGCGUUCCAAAUUGCAGAAGAGAGGCGAUCGGCCCGAUUGCAGGAUCUGAGUAGUCAACUUAAAGAUUUGAUUGGCAAGUAUAAUGACGCCGUCCGGGAUCUUGAAGGUGAAAAGGUUGCGAGGCGUUUUUCCCAACAGGACGCAGAUGAGUCGCGAUCCAAAUACGAAGAGUUGCAGCAAUCCAUGGAGCGCAGCUCAUUUGUUCUAGUCUUAAUCGACGCCGACGCCGAUCCGUAUAUUUUUAAAGACGAGUACUACGCCGCCGGCGACGGCGGUAGAAAGGCGUCCCUUGAUUUACGAGAUGGAGUUCGCAGCUUUCUUCAGGCAAACAGGCCAGAACAUGCCAAUUACCCCAUACUUAUCAAGGCAUAUGCCAAUGAGCUUGGUUUGUCUCAGUUUCUCGUUGCAUCCGGCAUGAUUAAGGCGCCCCGUGAUCUUGUGGAAUUCACAAAAGACUUCACGCAGGCAUUCGAGAAUACCGACUUUGUGUUAGUCGGGAGUGGUAAGGAUCGGGCAGAUAAGAAGAUUCAAGCGUUGGGCGAGAAUUCCGUGAUCUGCGAUUUAAAUGUUUCAAGAUGGAAAGUCCGUUCAAAGUCGCGCCGGCGCAGAACGUGGCACCAUCGCCACAGCUAUUGGCAUCCGUUUCGACUCCUUCGACCUGGGCGUCUACGGUAG